UCCCUCUCAGUUGAUUCACAACCUCCGUGGCUGCGCGGCGUGCCGACAUGCAGCGCUCACCAACUUUCUCGAGUAGUGAUGUGAUACGGUUUUAUUCGAUAUCGGUACAUUAGUUAUUUUUAUUCGGAUACUUUGGAUUUCAAAUAAAAGCGUAUAAAGUGAAGUGAAUAUAGACGGAUAAUGACCUAUAGUGAGAUUUGUUUAAAUUCAAAAUGAAGUGGCUAAUUGUGGCUAUUCUUGUGAUUACAUGCGAAGCAAUUUCGGCCGCAUUUGCGCCUCCUGGGUCGUGUCCGGCCGUAUGUGUGUGUAAAUGGAAGGGUGGUAAACAGACGGUGGAGUGUGUGGAUCGGGCUUUAAUCACGGUGCCCGAGCCUGUGGACCCCGCGACUCAAGUGUUGGACCUUUCAGGAAACAAUUUACAAAUACUGCCACAGGAGGCUUUCGCCAGGACGGGACUCGUUAAUUUACAAAGAGUGUAUUUAAGAAGUUGCAAUAUCGGGCAAAUUAACGACCGUGCGUUUAAAGGUCUCACGAAUUUAGUGGAGUUAGAUCUUUCGAACAACUUGCUUACGCAAAUACCAUCGUAUAGCUUUAAGGAUGCUCCAUUUCUUAGAGACCUUGCUUUGGCACAUAAUCCUAUUUUAAAAAUACAUUCUGAUGCCCUUAACAACCUUGGUAGCUUAGUGAAACUUGACCUAUCGCGGUGUGAGAUAAGAGAUAUAGCUGCUGACGUAUUUAGGAAUCUACAUUCCUUGGAAUCUUUAAAACUUAAUGGUAACAAUCUCCGAGAGUUACCAUUGAGUUCAUUAGAAAAGCUCGAGAAAUUAAGAGUAAUUGACCUAUCAGAAAACCCUUGGAUAUGUGACUGUCGUUUAAGAGAUCUUAAGAUGUGGCUCGCGAAUCAUAAACUAUUUUCUAGUCCUUCUUGCUCAGCACCACCUAGAUUGGUGGAUAAAGCUUUCUCCGAACUAUCUCUUGACGAAUUUGCAUGCAAGCCGGAAAUCUUGCCUGUGAGUAGACAUGUUGAAGCUUCAGUUGGAGAAAAUACCACUGUAAUAUGUAAAACGGAAGCUGUACCAAGCGCUAACAUACAUUGGUAUUGGAAUGGCCGGCUUUUACAAAACGGCAGUAAUUUUAAUUCACAUCAAAGUAUAUACAUUUUCGAAGCAGGCGAAGCAAAAAAGAGAUCUUCGUUAGUUUUAACGAAUACACAGGAGACAGAUUCUACGGAGUUUUACUGUGUCGCAGACAAUAAGGGUGGAAAUGCAGAAGCAAACUUUACAGUUCACGUCACACAAAUGCCAAUGGCAUCUUUAGGCAGCGCUCAAAUAGCUAGUUUGGGAGCGGCAUUAUUCUUAGUUAUUAUUGUAAUUUCUUUGGGACUUCUUAUUACAUUUGUACGAUUUCGUCCUGUGACCGCAUCGGAAAGCAAAACACCGAAUACUUUAGACAGAGUGGUCUCUGGGAAUGAAGUGCAUCCAACUGUUAAUGAUAGACCACAUGUUGCAGUUUUAGCUAAUCGACAAGAAUCUACGAAUUAUGAUGAGAGAAAAUGCAAUUCUAUAACAAAACCUCCACGAACGAAUGAUAUUCCAUAUACAACAAACCAUUAUGAAGGUCGUGGCAGUAUAGUUACCACCGGAGGGACCGUGGCAGUCUCUCCUACUAUGUCGGGGGGAAUCGAUCCAGAUCUUAUAAACGACACCCGGCCAGAUAGCGUAACUAGACCUGAGAGUGGCGAAUAUGCCCGUGAGACAUCUGACUCCUUAUAUCCAUCGGGCCUCUGGGAUCAGAUUAAAAUGAACCAAGCUAAUAACUUGGCACGCGCUGUUAGUUCGGCGAUCCCAGCAUAUUACAAUGAUCGGACUCCCAUAAUAGAAAAUAGUAGCGUAAAUGGUUCUCAAGAAGAAUUAGGCUAUACAAGUAGAACGUUUCCACGUUCGCAUGCCUUAACAACUGUCCCUACAGCACCGGGCGAUGGUCCUUAUCCGCCUGACUAUGGCUUGCCAGUUGGAUCAGCGCGAACAUUACGUGUUUGGCAACGUGCCCCGCCUGUACUUCCACCCGUAUCGGCCUUAAAGAGAGUGUUAACUAUAACUAGGCCUUCAGAGGAUAGUUGUCACGAUGGCUGUGCCACAGAUGUUUAGAAAAAAUACCAUUACAUAACAUAUAUUAGGUACUUAUAUUUGUAACUAUGAGUCAAAUUGUAAAUACUUGUAAAUGUUAUUAUAAACAUAGAUUUUGUAUUAUAUAAUAAUUUAUUUAGUAUUUAGGUAGUGGAAAGUUAACUUGGAUCCGGAUGUGUUGGGUCCACGACUGAUUAGAUGAAGGAUGUAAGUGUAUAUUAUUAUGUGAUACGGGAAGGUAUUUAAUAUUAUGAUCGCCAAAUAACUAAUAUACAUAAUGAGUAUUAUAAAUGUAACCUGAAUGUUGAUAUUAAAAUAGAUGUUGCAUAAAUGCGUAAUUAAUGUUGUGGUAAGGUGUUCACAAAACAAAAGUAUCCAAAGAUUCCCUCUAAUAUAACAAAAAGGUAAAAAGAUACGAAUAAUCUAUAAAUGUACGCACGAUGAAUGUUUAUCGAUGUAAUUAAUCUAUGUGAAUAUUUUUAUGUUAUAAAAAAUAUAGGUUAUGAGAAAUAAUAAAAAGGCGAUUGUAAAAUUUUAA